GGAGCGCGUGCGCGGCAGCGCCUCCGGUGGCGGCGGCGGCAAGAUGGCGGAGCCCGAGCAGAAGCGGCGGAUUCCGUUGGUGCCGGAGAACUUGCUGAAGAGGAGGAAGGCCUACCAGGCCAUCAAGGCCACCCAGGCCAAGCAGGCGCUGCUCAACAAGCGCAAGCUCCAGAAGGGGAAACAAAUCCAGUUUAAACGCCUUGAGACUUUUGUUCGAGAUUCAUGGCGCAAACGCCGAGAUGACGUCCGGCUGAGGCGCAUGGAGCAGCGACCUGGGCAGGUGGCUGUACCUAAGGAGCACAGACUGGCCUUUGUUGUACGGAUUACAGAGAUUAAAGGAGUGAGUUUGAGGGUAAGAAGAGUGAUUGAGUUGCUGCGGCUAAGAAAAAUUUUCAGUGGAACAUUCGUUAAACUGUCUCCAUUAUCGCUGAAGAUGCUGCGGAUUGUAGAACCUUAUGUGGCUUGGGGGUAUCCUAACCUGAAGUCUGUGCGAGAGCUCAUCCUGAAACGGGGCCAAGGAAAGGUUAACAAGAAGAGGGUACCUCUGACGAAUAAUAUGUUGAUAGAGGAACAUUUAGGCAACUUUGGUAUUAUUUGCCUGGAAGACCUUAUUCAUGAAAUCUACUCAGUUGGGAAGUAUUUCAGAAAUGUCACGGACUUCUUGUGGCCGUUCCAGCUGUCAGUGGCCCGCCAUGCUGCACAUAAUAAAGUGGGUUUCCUCAAGGAGAUGGGUAAGCCUGGCUGCAGAGGUGAAGGAAUCAACCAGCUUAUACGUCAGCUGAACUAGACAGACUACAGAACAGAAAAGGAAAACACUGUGAUUUAUAACCGGCUCUUUCACAUGUAAUUUUCAUCGACCUGGGCUCUCUACAGUGAUAUACUACAUCUCUUGACUGUUGCUACCUUCACCAACAAAAUCCAGGUGACAAAAGCUGCACUCCAGGCUGGUCCUUGAGAAAGAAAUUGUAUUUGGUGCAAAAAAAAGAAAUGACUUGAACUUUCUGGAGCAAUCUAACUUUU